AUGCCGUCAGUUUUUAUUCACGACGCCUUACACUACCUCAGUGUGAACCAAGUUGAUGAGUUCUUCACCAGAAAUCCUACCGUUCAACGUAUUUAUGCUACACUUAUGUGCCCCACUGAACUUCAAAGUUACCGGAAAAACAGUUCCGCCUACUCUGAUAUCUACACCAUUAUUCAUCAUGACAACGGAGAUUUCACUUACAUGCCCGAAAAUGAUGAAUUUGGGACGUGCCACCAGAACGUAGAAAAUUCACUGUUUUGGCUUAAUUUCUUUGAAAGCACCACAUUUGAUCAUUUAUCGAUGUCGAUAGCCUUGAGCUUAGUCAAGACUACAUGGAGUCUGAGCUUCUUAAAAAAUGGAUACGUCAAUAAAGCGAAAGCCCGAGACAUGGUCGGGGUAUUGAGAGCAUACUGCAAAAACGGAGCAACCGCUAAUUUGGAUGUUUGCUUGGCCAUGAUAAACGUUCUUUGCGAUUACCAAGAGCUAGAACUUGAUUUCGGAUUGUUACGCCCCAUCGAAUAUGAUCUCCAGAGCGAUGAAUUCCUAUUUUCCAAAAUGAAGCAAAUGAAUCAAGUUCUUAGUUAUGCUAAUAAAUCGAAUAUUAACGCACUUAAAAAAUUGGCCUUGGUUCAAGUCACCUAA